AGAGCCAAAAUGGCAUAUGCGUCCAUGUUGUUGUUGCUGUAGGGGCAUCAGGAAUGCAAAAUUACGGUCUUUGUUUGGGGAGGUGGUGGAAAGCUGGCCUUUGAAUUGUGAAGGGCACAAAAUACCGAGAGCCAUGCUUUCAUGGUAAUGUUGCCAUUAUCUACAUUCGUGUCAGUUGGCGCCGUGCAGCGCUGAAGUUGAAGCAGAUGAGUACACGUGACUUUUAUUUAGCUGUGUAAUCAUAAGAUAACACAAUGGAUCUGCCGUGCAUUGAGUGGCAUAAACACGUUGAACAGAAAUGGAAUCAGUUGUCCACUGAUCAAAAGAAGGCUUUCUCCUCUCUAGCAGAAGUUGAUGAAAUAUUCACAUUCGUUCUGUCAGUGCUGAAUCACAGGGACGUGGAGGUCCUGUCAGGCCUUUCCGGGGUUCACCAGGUGCAGAAGAAACCCCAGAGCGCCGGUCGAUUCCGGGAAAAGGGCAACCUGAGCUUCAAGGCUCGGGACUACAGUGCGGCUGCGUUGCAUUAUUCCAAGGGGGUGUGCCAUGCUACGCCGGGUCGAGAGGAGCUCUCACUCUGUUUUGCCAACCGCUCUGCUGCCCUCUUUCACCUCUGCCUCUACGAGGAGUGCCUUCAGGAUAUCAAAAGGGCCCUUGAUGAGGGCUAUCCCAAUCACUUACAGCAGAAAUUGCUGGACAGGAGAAGCCAAUGCUACAAGCACCUGGGGCAAAAGGAAGAGGAAGACGGCGUUCAGACUAGGAUGAGAAAUUUCAAAAUCCAUCACCAGGUGUCGCAGGGUGAUGGGACUGGAGUGGUCUCUUGUGCAUCCCCUCAAGUGGCUCUUCAUUUCAGCCCCGGCAAAGGGCGCCACCUGGUGGCCACAGAGGAUAUAGCGGCCGGGGAGGUGGUGCUGGAGGAAAGAGCGUUUAGCUGUGUCCUGAUACCAGGUGGAGCUGUCAUUGCGAGGGCAGAGAGGGACAAAGCAAAGGAAGCAGCGGAGGGAACGUUUGGCACGGAGGACCAGCACUGUCACAACUGCCUGCGCAAGACGCUGAACCCAGUACCCUGCCAGGGCUGUAGCUACGCCCGUUACUGCGGGGGGUGGUGCCAGCAAGAGGCGUGGGAAGGGCAUCACCGCUGGGAGUGCUCGGUCGGAGGGGAACUGAGGGCCGCCGGUGUCAUGGCUCAUUUGGCACUGAGGGUGGCGUUAAGAGCUGGACUGGAAGGAAUCCAGAAAACGAAGGAGAAUCCAGCAUGGCCAAGGAAUGUCACCCUGCAUCAGGUCAAAGGGAAUGGGAACGGCAACAGUGACGGCAACUACAGCGCUGAUAAAGCUGGCCUCAGUGAUAAGAUCUCAAGUGGGAUGGAGGGUUCGCAGCAAGGAGCAGGCACCCAUGGUGACCCUGAGUCCAAGGACAGUGCCCUUAUUCAGGGCUGCGACCCCUCAGGCCGAUACCUGGGUGACUCUUACCUGUGUGUCUAUCACCUGCUGCCACACGUAUCUGGACACGCUCCCAGCCUGCGCUUUCUCUGCGCGGUCACCGUAGCCACCCUGUGCCUGAGGCUUCAAGAGACGGGGCCUCUCCCUGCAGCGUGGAGGGGAAGGGCUUGUUUGAAUGACAAGCCCGGCAGCCAAUCCGAAAGCCAGGAGAAGAGCAGGGGCUGGUCUCCGGAGCUGAGAAUGCUGGGAGCAGCUGCCCUGAGGCACAUGUUGCAGCUCAGAUGCAACGCCCAGGCUGUGACCAUGCUAAAAGAUGAAGGUGCUCCCGAUUCGGCCGUGCAGUCCGUCCGGCAGGUGCGUGUGGCCACAGCGAUCUUCCCCACCCUCAGUCUCCUAAACCACUCCUGCAGCCCAAACACCAGCGUCACGUUCAGCGUAGCGCCUGUGAAUGACCUGCACAGCGCUGGCUCUGACCGGCCUCAGGCCCGGCCCAACUCUCUCCCCGGCGCUAACCCUGGCGCUAACCCUGACGCUAACCCUGGAGCUGCCCUCGCAGUCACGGUCCGCACCACGCAGGCGGUUGGCGCGGGACAGGAGCUGCUGCACUGCUACGGGCCCCACCGCAGCAGAAUGCCAGCGAGUGAGAGGCGGAGACUUCUGCAGGAACAGUACUUCUUCCUCUGUCAGUGCGAUGCUUGCUGCCAGGACCUGCGGUCAGAGGGCAAAGGUCAGGGAGCAGCUGCCGCCCCAGGACUCCGCUGCAUUCAGUGUGGAUCCACCCUGCAGCGUGGCACCGAGGGGUAUGUGUGCUCCCAGUCCUGCGGCUUCCAGCUGUCCUUUGCUGAGCUGGACCACAGGCUACAGGACCUGCAGGGCCAGCUGGACCGGGCAGCACAGCUCAUCGAGACAGACAGACCAGACGAGGCGCUCAGGAGGUUACAGGCGGCCACCAGUCACGCCAGCCAGUUCCUGCUGGAGACUUACCCAGUGUGGGGGGAGCUGGCCGACAUGUCUGCCCGGGCCUACGCCGCCAUGGGUGACUGGCGUCGGGCAGCAGCACAGCUGAAGGCCAGUAUGGCGGCUGUGCAGGCCCAGUUCGGGGAGGAGAGCAUGGAAAUGGGGCGGCAGCUCUUCAAACUGGCACAGCUGCACUUCAAUGGUGGGGAGCUCCAGGCAACCCUCUCCGUCAUUCCCACGGCCCAGCGCCUGCUGUCUCUGCACUCCAGUCCCGCAAGCGACGAGCUGGAGGAGCUGCGGGCCAUGGAAGACUGCCUGAAGGGGGCGCUGUGAUUCACAGUGUGACCGAAGCAGCUGGCUGCAAACAACAAUAGUGCUGGCCUGAGGCACACGGCGAAGUCAUGUCUGUCAUGUCAUGUCAUAAAUGUCUUGUUAAGUCUUCAGCCUUACGAAACGGAGGGUUGAAAAUGUUUGGGGAAAGAACUGUUACCGUACUGGAAGGCGUCUUGAAAAUGUUCUGCGUAUUAUUACAGCGUAGUAGCUACAGUAUCUGAUCACGCCUGAACUAUUUGCCACGUGUUUUCCGCGGUGUGCAUUCCAUCGACUGUGUAAUCUAUUAAUAUGA